AUGACAGAGAACAACAGAGAAGAUGGAUUCAUCGAGUACCUGCAGAUCAAGACCGUGCAGCCGACGCCCGACUACGCCAGCUGCACUGCCUACCUGCAGCGGCAAGCUCUCGAUGCCGGGUUCGAGUUCCGCGCUAUCGACAUCAUCCUCAACUCGCACACCGAUGUUGUGCCGGUGUUCGAGGCCAGCUGGACGCACCCCCCGUUUGGCGCUCACCGCGAUAUGAAGAUCGUCGGCCAGGCGUACCUCGAGGCCAUGCGGCAGCUCAAAGGCGCGGUGCGGCGCACAGUGCACGCGGUGUUUGUGCCGGAUGAGGAGAUUGGCGGGCAUGACGGCAUGGCAAAGUUCGUCGAAUCUGCGGAGUUCCGCCAGCUGAACGCUGGGUUUGCGCUGGACGAGGGCAUGGCAAACCCGAACGAGGCCCUGCGCGUGUUCUACGGCGAGCGCGCGCCCUGCUGGAUCCGCUUUGUCGCGCGCGGAAACACUGGGCAUGGCAGUCAAUUCAUCGAGGACACGGCGGCGGAGAAGCUGUUGCCGGUCAUCGAGCACAUGAUGACGUUCCGGUCGGAGCAGCUGCAGGUGUUCCGGCGGCCACGCGCCGACGGGUCACCGUCACGCUGGGCGACCGCAUCUGUGGGCUUUGACAUCCGCAUGACGCCCACGCUGGACUACCUGCGCUUCCGCCGGUCGAUGGAGCAGCUGGCGGCGGAGCACAGCGUGGAGAUCGAGUUUGUGCAGUUCUGGGACGACAACACUAUGACGGACACGUCCGCGGAGAGCGGCUUCUGGGUGGCCUUUGAGCGUGUGCUGGAGGCGCGCCAGGUGCCGUUCGCAAGAGAGAUUUUCCCGGCCGCCACUGACUCGCGGUACUUGAGGAGGGCCGGUGUGCCGGCCUUAGGCGUCACACCCCUGGUGAACGCGCCGAUUCUGCUGCAUGACCACAAUGAGUAUGUCACCGAGAAGCAGUUUGUCGACGCCAUUGGCUUCUACACCGACGUUGUUUCUGCACUGGCCAACGCGUAA